GAGAGCAGGGUUCCGGUUCCGGCGGAAGCGGGCGCGCGUUCGCGGUUUGCGAGGCAGCGGGAAGCGCGGCAGGCGCGAGGGAACCGGCGGCCGAGGGAGGAGACGCGACGCCGCCACCAUGACGGUGGGCAAGAGCAGCAAGAUGCUGCAGCACAUCGACUACCGCAUGCGGUGCAUCCUGCAGGACGGGCGCGUCUUCAUCGGCACCUUCAAGGCCUUCGACAAGCACAUGAACCUCAUCCUGUGCGACUGCGACGAGUUCCGCAAGAUCAAGCCCAAGAACUCGAAGCAGCCGGAGCGGGAGGAGAAGCGCGUCCUGGGCCUGGUGCUGCUCCGGGGGGAGAACCUCGUUUCCAUGACCGUGGAGGGGCCUCCUCCCAAGGACACUGGGAUCGCUCGUGUGCCGCUGGCUGGUGCGGCCGGAGGACCUGGUGUUGGCAGAGCUGCCGGAAGAGGAGUCCCGGCUGGUGCUCCCAUGCCCCAAGCGCCCGCAGGUUUGGCAGGUCCUGUGCGUGGAGUCGGUGGACCAUCCCAGCAGGUGAUGACACCUCAGAGUCGAGGGACAGUUGCUGCUGCAGCAGCUGCUGCAACUGCCAGCAUAGCAGGAGCCCCGACUCAGUAUGCGCCGGGCCGUGGAGGCCCUCCCCCUCCCAUGGGAAGGGGCACUCCCCCUCCAGGAAUGAUGGGCCCCCCUCCCGGCAUGAGACCACCCAUGGGCCCUCCUAUGGGUAUGCCGCCAGGUCGUGGCUCGCCCAUGGGGAUGCCACCUCCUGGCAUGAGGCCGCCUCCUCCUGGCAUGAGAGGUCCCCCGCCUCCUGGCAUGCGCCCACCUAGGCCUUGAGGCAUGUGCUGAACCGAUGGGAGUCGCAUGUUAAGAGUUGGGGGCUGACCUUGUUCAUCACAAGAAGGCAGGAACAGGAUUAGCUGUGUGUGUGUGCGUGCCCUCUGUUUUUUGAUGUCUGUCAUGUUGCCCUUUCUAAUAAAAUUUUGCCAAUU